CUGAGCAGAAGGCAGAGGCUUUAUUUAGCCCACUGGUCCACCCAGGUACCUCUAUUUUUAUUAUUUUUUGAAGUUUUUAUUCAUUUGAGAGAGCAAGCACGAGCAGAGAGGGAGAAGCAGACUCCCCACUGAGCAGGGAGCCUGAGGUGGGGCUCGAUCCCAGGACCCUGAGAUCAUGACUGGAGCCAAAGGCAGACGCCCAACCAACUGAGCCACCAAGAUGUCCCAUUCCAUUGCUGUUCAAUUAGUAAACAGAUUUUAUUUCUUGCCCCCCAAAACAUCCAUUAAGCAUCCCAGAGAAAGGGGAUGUGACUAGCAGAGAGAUUUUCUUCAACAGUGCCCAUGGCAAGCUUGGGCAUUCUUGGUGAACUCUCUCUGGGACGUACUGGCAGAAGAAGAGAAGACAGACAGACUGACACAGAAGUAUUGGUGUGCAUUUCCAGGCUCUACCUUCUUUCUCAUCUCUUGUGGCAGGGGAAGAGAAAAGAGAAACUUUUUACAAAACUGGCAAAAUAAGCAUAUAGCAUUCUCUGCUUCAUGGAACCUCUGCUAGGUUCCAGUUUCUGCAUCAUUCUAUAAGCCUAAAGUAAUGCACAGUUGAGAUCAAAUACUCCACAAAACAAAAUACUUGCACACUGAAAAUAAUGAGGUUGCAGAGAAAAGAAAUGGGCAUGGGGCAAUCUGCCAGGAGAGAAUAUUAUACUAAAUGCACAAUCAUAGCUCUCUUUUUCAUAGGAAGAAGUUUGAGGCUCAGAGAGUUAAAAGAACUUACUCAAAAUCAUACAAAUAUGACAGAAUCUAGUCUACCUGCACUAAGGGUUGAGUUUUAUACCAACUUUCAACAUUGCUCACUUUGACUCUCAAAAGCAACCCAGUUUGGACAAUAAUUUGGUAACUCUAUCCAUGGAUCACUCUGGCAGUACUGUUAAAAAUAGAUUCCAGGGCCACCUGGCUGGCUCAGUCUGUAGAGCGUGUGAUUCAGUCUCUGGACUAUGAGUUCAAGCCCCAUGAGGGAUAUGGAGAUUAUUUAAAAAUAAAAUCCUAAAAAAAGAGAAUUACAGGGGUGCCUGGGUGGCUCAGUGGGUUAAGCGUCUGCCUUCCACUAAGGUCAUUAUCUCAGGGUCCUAGGAUCGAGUCCUGUAUCGGGCUCUGCUUGGCAGGGAGCCUAUUCCCCCCUCCUCCGCCUGCCUCUUUGCCUACUUGUAAUCUCUGUCCAAUAAAAUCUUUAAAAAAUUACAGAUUCCUGAACUCAACCAUUUGUCUAUUCUCUUCUGCCUUCCCCAGAGAUGGAGUCAUGUCCCGAUAAGCCUUCAGUAACCUUUCCAGGUCAGAAUGAUGUUUUCAGACAAAUAAUCUCUCUGGAGCCUUGGGAGAAUCUAAGUGGUCUUCUGCUGACCCACCUACCAGAAACAAUCUCCUCCACGGUUCUCCCCUUCACACUUUUCCUCCUAGCUCUCCCCAAGGGCAGUCCACUCUAAUCAGGCCUGACUUCCUAUGUCCUCUAACACACACCACAUUAUAUUCAGGCAACCCUGGAAUAGAAAGAAGAUGAUGUGGUUCUCAACCAGGGUUGCCCAACCUCUCAAAUAGUAGUCCUGUCAUUUUCUACCUCCAGGACACAUCCCCUUUGCAACUGCCCUGGGAAACAAGCAUCCCAUCUUUGCAUAUUCAAGGUCAGCAAGAUGGGGGUCCCCUCCUAAGGAAGUUCAUCUCUCAUUGCUAGGAGGUUCUUGGCUGCACUAUAUCCAAGGCUGCCCCAAAUAUGGUUCUUUCCUGUGGGCCUGAUCAGGCUAAGGGCAGAGCUGUCUAUUUCCUCCACCUCUGAGUAGGACACAAUCAGCUUUUGUAACAUCUCUUCAGUUUGACCAUGUUUUUCACCCACACUUCUGCUGAGCCCACACUUGCUCCUGUCAGUGGUAGGACUGUUAUUACAGUAUUUGCUUUUUGUGGGGAGAGGUGAAUGUAAUAAUUAAAUUGUCAUUUUGUAUUGUCUUUUUGUCAUGAAUUUGUUUUGAAUUUUAUACUAAAGUGGGCCCAUCAUUCCCACUUUGUGAAGCCGUUCAGGACCCUCAUUUUGCCUUGGAGCACCUUUAACCUUUCUCCCAGUGUCACUUUGAAAUGUGAUGAGCUUGUCCUCACAUUCAUAUCAGGUACAAAUUCAGAGUCCGACUUGAAGCCCUACCAUAGAGCAGAGCACUUCUCCACUACUUAUGCAACCUUGCAUAGUCCCCCUUAACCUCUUGGUUUAUCGAGUCCUCAGUUGUAAAAAUGUGAGGGUUCUAUGAAUUUACAUUUGGAGCAGGACAAGUUCAAGAAGAGCUUGUCUUUGCUUUUAUUUUCCCAGCUGGAAUGUCUUCAUCUCCGCUCCCUGGGUCCAAAUCUAACUUAUCCUUCAGACUCACUGCCAAAGAGCCUUCUACACAAAUCUCUGCCUCUCCAGCUGUUGAAUACUUAGGGUCAGUGCCGUACAAACUAGCUGUCUCUUAGGUUAACCUUGCCACUCAAGCCAGUCACAGAAUGUGGGUUUCCCUUGCCCUUUUCGGUCCCCAGGAUUAUGCCAGCUCACAGGUAUGCUCCACCGGGAGUGUUUACUUCACUAGGACUGGCUGGGGAGAGAAGUGUGAGGGCCCCAGCAAGGUGCUUCUCUGCCUCCACCCUGCUCUCCUCCACAAAACCCUGAGAGCCUGAAACCUGUCCCUCAAGUCACAGAUUCCUUAUGUGACCUCACUGGGUAGUGAUGACCUCACAGGCCUUCUCACAGUUUCCGUGGCAGGGUAACUACGCAGACCGUGGUGCUCUCGGGGAAACUUUCUUACCAGUUCUCUACCGGAUACCAAUCUGUUUGGUUGCCUGAGAAUGUCUGACCGGAUCUUCUAUAUUCAUUCUAACUUGUCCUCUGUCCCCUGGGAGGGCAGCACAGCAGCAGCUGUGGCUCCCACUUCUCCUCCUACACCUGGUCACUACCAUGUCCUCUACCGAGGUUGUGGAGAAACCCAAGUGGGCUGGCAUGGGGAGACAUACUGCCUGGUUGGUGGCUACCGGACCUAUGGGGAUGCUCCUGUGGCCACCCCAGCAAAGGUGGAAGCAGAGAAACCAAUUCCCAGCCGGACUCCCAAGAGACGUCGAGCUCUGACAGAGUCGGAUAAAGACCUAGGUUGCUCCAGCCCCAAAAUUCGGCGAUUGCAGCAUGGUGGCCGGAGGAUGACCCCACAGAAGCUUGCUGGCUGAGCCACUCUCCAGGGAGGGAAAAUGUUUAACCACCCAAGACAGCUAAUGCCUCUUCCUGCAGUGAACCCCACUGCCCAUCAUUGGAGAUUAGAACCUGAGCCAUUCUGUCUGAGCUUUCGUCGGCCAGGAGCCUCCUUCCAUACUAACUGGCUAUAGACAAGGAGUCUUAAGAACUGAGGCUUGAAAUGAGAGGUUUUCUUCCAGGGCUGAAACUGGCCUGGAAGAAAACCUUCUGUUUCUCUGCUCAAUACUUCAGAGUCCCUUCUUGGGAAGAAGAAAGAAAAGUCUGUAUUUUUUGAGCCAACAAGGAUCCCAGAGCAGAGAGAGGGUUCAGACUGGUAUCAGCAGGGGCCCAUCUAUCAGAUGGACUCCUGUCCUGAGUCAUUGCCAGCAGCCAUCAACACAAACCAAGAGGAGCCGGGCUUUUUGAAACUGAAAAAAGCAAUCUGUGUCUACCCAGGGAGCCCCGUGUCUGGAGUUCCAGGAAGCAGAAUAAAGAGACCCAGGAAGACCCACUCCCCAGCGCAGGAAGAAAAUGGAGAGAGUUGGGUGUCACCACCACUGAGGCUUAUGUGCUCCUUCAUUUCCAGCCCUUUCUGGCCCCAAGGGGAUUUCUGACUGUUCAAUAAAACGAUUUUG